AUGCUGACUACUAUGCUCUCUCUCAAGGCCCUCCGGAGGUCCAUCAAAGGGGACAAAGACACCAAGCCCCCGCAGAUCUCAAUCGCGCCCAAGUCCGCCGUCGCCAUCGUCCCUCCUAAGAAGGUCAUUCGUGCGCUCUACGACUAUGAGGCUCAAAACAGCCAGGAAUUGAGUUUCUCCCGAGGGGACUUCUUCCAUGUCAUUGGGCGCGAGAACGACCCCGACUGGUAUGAGGCAUGCAACCCCGCCUUGCCCGACGCCAGAGGCCUUGUGCCAGUCGCAUUCUUCCAGGCCCUGGGCCGCACCGAGCGGGACAGCGCCCAGUCAGACUCGGGCAAGCCGCCCGUCGUGCCGCCCGCCGCCUCCAAGAACCCCGACCACGACUCCGGCUAUGCCGAGAAUUCGGCUUCUGCUCCCUCUCCCGCAGCGGCGAACCCCAUGAUGGGCCAGCGCCUCUCACGGUCGUCCGGCAAGAACGGCGCCAUGGUGUACGGCAUUGUCAUGUACGACUUUGAGGCGGAGAGAGCGGACGAGCUCGAGGCCAAGGCGGGCGAGGCGAUCAUCGUCAUUGCGCAGUCCAACCCGGAAUGGUUUGUAGCCAAGCCUAUUGGCAGGCUGGGAGGCCCCGGCCUCAUCCCGGUGUCCUUUAUCGAGAUUCGGGACAUGGCGUCCAACACACCCGUGCCUAACCCACAGGAGGCCGUGCGCCGUGCCGGAAUCCCGAGGGUGGAGGAGUGGAAGAAGAUGGCCGCCGAGUACAAGAACAGCAGCAUCACUCUGGGCAAGUUUGAGGUCGGCGGCGCGCCGCAGUCCAUGGAGCAGGGUAUGGAGCGAAUGAGUCUUCAGCAAGGUGCUGGUGGACGUAUGAGCCAGUCUAAUGGAGCUGGUUUUCAACAGCAGCAGCAGCAGCAGCAACAACAACAACAGGCGCAGCAGCCUGCCGGCUACAACUCGCAGCGAAACACACAGCAGCAGUUCCCAGCCAAUCCAUACUCGAACAAAUCCACCUCUCAGCUCUUCGCUCCCACGUCCGCGCGGAUACCUCGCUACUGCUUCGCCGAAGACAAGUACUGGUUCGUCAUCGAGGCUGUGCUGGAGGAUGGCCGCCAUUGGGAGCUCUCAAGAUACUACGAAGACUUUUACGAUUUCCAGAUCGCCCUGCUCACCGAGUUCCCUGCCGAGGCCGGCAACACCGGCACACAGAAGCGCACGCUGCCGUACAUGCCCGGUCCCGUUAAUUACGUGACCGAUGCCAUUACCGAGGGUCGGCUGCACAACCUGGACGCCUACGUGAAAAACCUUCUGGCCCAGCCGCCAUACAUCUCCAGAUGCAACCUGGUCAAGCAGUUCUUCGCUCCGCGAGAGGGCGACUACGAGAUUGACCCUAACAACGCCGGUGAAGAGUACCGCCUCUCAAACGGCUCCCAGCCGUCUUCCGCAGACUCUCCCCGGGACGGCGCCUCUCGGCAAUCGUCUAGAAACAACCUGAACGGUGGCGGGUACUCACAGGGCCUUUCGGCAGCGCCAGCCCGGGGUCCCAACGGACAGCCGCCGAUGAACCGCCAAACGUCGUCAUUGUCACAACCAUCGCAGGCUUCGCUGUCUCCCGGGAUCACACAAGGGGUACAAGCCAUGAAGGUCAAGCUGAGCUACAACGGCGAGCUCAUCGCCAUCCGUGUCCCUGAAAACAUCCAGUUUAAGGAGCUGUCAGACAAGGUCCGAGAACGACUCCGGAUCUCGGCCGGGGACCAGAUCCAGCUGUUUUACAAGGACGAUGCCACCGGGGACAAGCCGAGCAUGCUCAGCGAUGCGGAUCUCGACACUGCCUUGACUCGGAACGAGAAGCUGCUGCUCUACGUCGAGUAG